GAACAAACCAAUAGACGGCGCUCUGCAUAGGAGCUGUCCAGCAUCCCGGUGCUGAAACUUGCGCUGUGCCCCGCGGCUAACGGCGAGAGAGGGAGACAAACACUUAAAAUAAACCAUAAACAAACCACUUUAAUGCGUCAGUACAUGGACGAAGGUAACCUAAACAAAAACAUGUUCGGUCGUAAAGAAGGAGGAGUCGUUCUUUCAUCCUUACGGAAGCAGUGAAUGCGGAAUUCACAGUGUUUUCAGAGCUGCAGACCGAGAAUAAGAUCAACAGAAUAGACUUGGUCAGAGCGAAGGGUUAAAGAGAGAUUAAGUAAGGUGUGGAGAAGUGCAUUAUGUCCUGGUCUCUUGACUUGGUGCCUCUUCCCCCAUGUGCACUGUUUGGAGGUCCACCCCUCAGCGGACUUCUAUGCACCGUCCUACUCCUCUUCCUCUGGUACUGCUACCGUGUAGGGUCCGACCCACCAUCCCAUAACGGAAUGCACAAAACCAGCUCCGCCCGCACUUCGUUUUCUCGGUCAUCCAGCCGAUCGCCUGUUGACCCUGGGCACUCUGUCCCUAAAACAAUUACCAUGGAAACAGUGGAGGAAGAGGAGGGGCCCGAGAGCUACCUGACACCUGUGUUGAGCCAUGCUCUUUUCCCCACUGAAGCUGCAGCAGAAAGCAAAAAGUUGUAUAGAGCCCUACAGGAGUAUGCAAAACGCUACAGUUGGGCCGGCAUGGGACGCAUUCACAAAGGCCUACGUAAUCAGGCCAGAAUCAAUGAUCGCCCAUCUAUUCAGAAGCCUCAUCUCUUCUACCUCCCAGAUGUUCCCAGCAUUCCCUUCUUUCCCAGGGAUGCUCAUCGUCAUGACAUUGAAGUUCUGGAGGCCAGCUAUCCAAUAAUCCUCGCUGAGUUCCAAGCAGUGUACCAGAGAGGAAUUGAUACAAAGUUCGGGUGGACUUACCAAGGACCAAAAGGCCAGGCUGUGUUUCCUCUGUAUAAUGCCGGAGUGUGUGUUGCCGGUAACUGCCGUGCAUGUCCGUAUACAUACCGAACGCUCCUCUCUCUUAGAACCUUCAUCAGUAGUAACUCUCUGGGGUCUGCUGGCUUUUGGAUCCUCGUCCCUGGUGCAACACUGGGAGGGGCUUAUGGGCCUACAAACACUCGUCUUCGCUGCCAACUUGGUCUUCAAACACCUGCUCAGUGUGAGCUGGUGGUGGGUGGGGAGCCACAAUGUUGGUCAGAGGGACACUGCCUCCUAGUCGAUGACUCCUUCCUGCACACAGUCUCACACAAUGGAGGAGUUGAAGACGGUCCUAGGGUCAUUUUUAGCAUGGACCUCUGGCAUCCUAAUGUGGCUGCAGCAGAGAGGCAGGCAUUAGACUACAUCUUCGCCCCUGAGCAGUAGUUACAACUUUAUUUCCCAGGAUGCACCAAUCGAACCCUCUCUCACAUGUAAAAUGCCAAAAUAUGCUUCUAAUUUGCGAAACUUUUUUUAGUUUAGUUACAGGCAACACUGUGAAUUUGCACCAUUCAAGGGUCCCGAUGCAGCAGUUUGCAAAAUCAACAUACAACCAGGAAUACAGAUAAUAGACAGCUUAUAGACCAUGUUGUGCUCUGUAAUUCUGAGCACGCAGAGAUACUGUGAUGAAACACAAACAGUUUUUAUACAUCAUAUCAUAUCUGACCUGUGCCUGUCUGGAAAAUUCUGCACUCGUGUUACGUGAUUUUUGUGCCUGAUGUUUCUUUUCCUAUCUUGACAUCUCUGAUGUAUACUGUGAUGUUAUACUGUACAAGUGUGAAGUUGUUUUAUUACAUCAGAUGGUGAUUUAUUUUCAGACACAUGAAGCACACACUAAAGACUAUAUUGUAUAAGACCGGAUUACUUGCAUGCUUGUCACCAACAAUGCAUUUAAUGACUAUUCUGCAAUAUAAGUGUGUU